UAUGCUGUUGCUAUCUUAACUUUGCAUCUAUUGCUAUUAUUUUGUAACGCGAUACUGUCCUGUUAAGACGGGGAACGAGACGAAUAGUCAGAACGUGUUUGGUUUUCCAUCGGUGGAGGUCGCCAGCUGUACUGUGCCGGGGCUCGUCCACACUUACUUUCAAGAGUGCCGUCGAUGGGUUUGACUCAAAGCACAGACGCCCACCUAUCCGCUCUCUCCGACUCACUUUCCACCGAGCGCUUCAAAAUGGCGGCCGCUUCAUCCAUCCAGCCGCCGAGCGUGCACGCGAUAAAGCGGGAAAAUUCACCUCACCCGGAGUCCGACAGCCCCGCGAGCCGACAGGAGGAGGACGCAGCAUCCGAGGGGACCGCCAUCCUCAGAGAUCUACCGGAACUUGAUGCCGAGGAGAUCGAGAAACGGCUGGAGAAAACUCGCAGAGAGCUGAGCAACAGGAGGAAGAUCCUCAUUAAGAACCUGCCACAGGAUACGACCAACCAGGAGGUCCAUGAAAUUCUACGCGAGUACGAGCUCAAAUACUGUUUUGUGGACCGGAACAAAGGAACAGCUUUCGUAACCCUUCUAAAUGGCGACCAGGCACAGGAUGCCAUCCGAACUCUGCACCAGACAUCAGUCCGAGGCCGUGACAUCACCGUCCAGCUUCAGCCUACGGAUUCGCUCCUGUGUGUCACCAACCUGCCCUACACUGUCGCUGCCGGACAGUUUCAGGAGCUGGUGCGCUCCUAUGGCAACAUUGAACGCUGUUUCCUGGUGUACAGCGACCUUACCGGCCACUCCAAAGGCUACGGCUUUGUGGAGUACAUGAAGAAGGACUCAGCCUCCAGGGCACGGUCAGAACUCUUGGGCAAACCGCUGGGCGACCGUGCACUCAUGGUGCAGUGGGCUGACGUCAACCAGCUGACCUCUGCUGACCACCUCCACUCAAAGUGCCUAUGCGUGGAUCGCCUGCCGCUAGACUUUGAAGACUCGGAGGAGCUGGCGCACAUUUUUUCAGAAAGCUACAAACCCGUCUUCUGCCAGCUGGCUCAGGAUGAGGGAAGUCCAGUGCGGGGUUUCGCUGUGGUGGAGUAUGAGACAGCGGAGCAGGCUGAAGCCGUUCUGCUGGAGAUGGACAGACAGCUGAUCCAGGGUCAGGAGAUACGUCUGUCUCUCUGUCCUCCGGGAACCUCUGGACGCAGCACUCUCGCCGCCCUCAUCGCUGCUCAGGGAGUGAUGUUGAGCAAUAAGAAAGGUUUACUGCCUGAACCCAAUCUGGCCCAGUUCCUCAACAGUAUGACCAAUCCUGCUGCUCUCCAGGUCCUUAUGAGACCCUACCCUACUGCCAAACGAGGAGGAAAGUUUGGUCGACCUCACAAUCUCCCCUUCCUGCGUCCACCAUUGACUGCAGCGCUGCUACAGUUAGGAAAAGCACAGCAGAGCGCCAUCCUAGGAAACGGUCUUGUUCUUCAGAAUCUUCUUCACAUGCAGAUGGCCCAACAACAGCUCUUACAGAUCAAAGACAAGCAGAUCCCUAAUGUCCCAGGGCUUUUAGGCGACCCUUCCCGGCUGCUCCUGCAAAAAGUUCUGGGUCUUCGAACUCCAGCACCAGUUCCUCUGGGGAAAGGGUUGCUGGGUGAUUCUCCCACAGAGCUGGGCCAAGACUCGUCUCCAGUCACGUCCCAGGGAAACUCUGGGGCUGGAAUGGUGUCACAUGUACCUGGACGUUCGCACGCCAGUUCCAUUGCAGAGCAGAACGGAGUCACUGUGACAUGCCUGGCUCCGGAGAAACAGCCUGCACCUCCAGGAACCACAGGAGGCUCUGUAAGCUCCCAAACACAACUGCAAAACUUCCUCCCCGGAAUCAACGCACAAAGUCUGGGGCCUUUGCUGGGCAGUACAGCGCACAAAGUUCCAGCCAACCACCACAGUUCGAGCGUGCAGACUAAUACGUCCGUUACAAGUCAAUCCAGUUGUCAGACGUCUCUGUUGGGAGACCCCCCUAAAGAAGUGAAGUUGCCUUCCAACCCAUAUCUAAACCUGGCUAGUGUGCUUCCUGGAGUGGUACUACAAGCACCCUGCAACAGUAAAUCUCAGACUGUGCAGACACACACUGGGACGUACAGCGCAGUCCUGCCACCUGCCACCCACCCACCCAGUCAAUACAGCACAGAGACCACUUCUGCAGAAUACACUCACCAAUACACUCAGCAAUACACACAGGAGACCAUGCAGCAGUGGUACCAACACUACCAAGCACAAACCUACGGCAAUACUAGCCAAGAGACAGCUGCAGUCACUGAAUGCACAAAAGAACAACCUCAGGUGGUGGUCACCUCCUCAUACGGAGACUACAGUUCUUACAUGCAUGCUGUCAGUCAGUACUAUUCUCAGACACAGAUGACCCAGACAGCUGCUCAAGUCUACCAGCAGCGAGAUGUCACCAAGGAGGUGGAGGUGGUGAAGACCCCCUUGAGUGGGCCUCUGCACACCUCUCUGAACGGCACUGCUCAGACCCUUCUGCCCACCUACAGUGCCCUACCCAUAAUGCCUGGCUUCAUCACACCGACACACACGCACACACACGCGCCCAGUCCUGCCACACACACACCUGCCGCAGCCACGGCCGCCGACUGGAACAACUACUAUUAUAGUCAGGCUAGAGGACAGAAGCGAGAAUACCCCACGCUGCCCACACAGGAAGUGACAUCAGAGGGGCCGUACGUGGGCCAGCACUCGCAGGGUCUUGGGGGCCAGUACGCCGACUACUUCAAGAAGAAGAGGAUCUAACUCUCUCUCUCGUUGCUCGCUGUGUGUCGCCCUCGUCGUGUCCAGGCCUUAACUUUUAGUCGACAACCGAUAUUUAUGAAAAGAUUGUACAUUUUAAGUGUGCGUUCCUCUUCUGUGGAUGUUGUUGUUAUUUCUGUCCGACGCCAGGCAGGACGUCUUAAGGUCGCUCUGACUCUGUCCCGAAUGAUCUAUUAAGAUAAUUGAUAUUUCUCUUUUUCUGUUCUGCCUUUUUACCUCUCUCCCAGGCGGGACGUACCAUUCCACUCCAGAGGUGGGGGGGUCUGUGUCGGUGUUUUACUGUACAAACGGCUAAGGGCUGAUAAAGAUUGAGCUACACUCAGAGAAUAACGUUUUUCGAAGAUGUUUUUUUUUUUUUUUGUUUGUUUGUUUCUGGCAGGGUAGGGCAUAGCCAGUGUAUAUUGUACAUUCUGCGAAAUGAGUGUAUUUUUUACCGUGUACAGACAUUGAGAAUAUUAUUAAUAUUAACGUCUCGCUUAAUGUGUCACUGUUUAUCUUGACUAUCGUACGGGAAACGCGUGUUUGAGGAUUAAUCUUUAACGUGUGUCUCUGUACAUACUGCUGUAUCUGUAGGAACGAUCAGCCAUUUUGAAAACUGCAGGAGCCUUAAAUCAUGGCGUUCAGAGAAGACAUGGCUAAGGCAAUAACUUCUACCUUCUCUGGAGAAACUACCAUCAUUUACAUCAAGGUGACUUUUCCCCCAGGUGUCUGCGGGGUGACCUCCGAACAACUUUCAGCUACAAUGCUGCCAGUGGUUGCUUUUUUAAUAACAGUGUGAGUAAUAAUAACACAUUAGUAUAGUAGUAGUAGUAGUAGUAGUAGUAGUAGUAAUAAUCUGCUGGAAGGAUGUCAAGGGUUGGAGUGGUUAUGUAUUGGAUAAAACAGCCCUGAUGCAAACACCCACAUGGUAAUAAUCUAACAUAAUGCCUUUAUAUGGAUAUUAGUGCUCUGUUAUUCUGCGGUUUAAUCUCCUUACUUGUUUAAAGGAGAGAGUCUGUAUUUUGAUGAUUUUACGCUGCAAAAAAAAAAAAUCCUGUUUUUAAUUCAUAUCAGUCUUUUUUGAUUUUGCUAAAGUAUAUGUUAAAAAAUGUAAAUACACUAGAGGCAAAAUAAGUUAGAUAUUAAUAUAAUCUAUGUUGAAGUUGUCGUCUUAAAUUAGAUACUUUAAACAAGUUACAUGAAUCUCCCAAUGGGACAAAUAAAGUUUUAAAGAGAUAGUUCACCAAAUCUAAGGAUUCAAAAUUAUGAUUUUUAUUAUUUACUCAUGUUGUUCUAAACCAUUACAACUCAACAGGUAUAUAUAUAUAUAUAUAUAUAUAUAUAUAUGGUACACAUUUAUAACCAAUAACUUGUAAUAACCAAUAAUAUUUUUUGCAGUUCUAGUUAAGUUGCUGGUAACUGCUUUAUACAAAGUCAAUGAGAUCUAAUUCAGUUUUAGAUCCCAUUGACUUUUAUUGUAGCCUAUACAGAAAAAAAACAGUUUUUUAAAAAUGUCAUUAUUAUUAGGUUGGUAACAAGGGGAUACAUUAUUUAUUAAAAGUGUUUUUUUUUUUUAAUUUUCAGAUGAACUAUCCCUUUUUACUUUGCGCCGAGCUUGUUUUAAGCACGUUUAGGUGUUAUUAGUGGUAAAUAAGACAGGUAGGCAUUAAGAACUGGAUUUCUUUUUGCAGUACACUGUGUCGGUUGCAGUCUGCCAGCAGAUUGUCCUAAAAGGAGCCGUUGUUUGGCUUUGCUAGCACAUCGCACAUGCAGGCGUUUGCCUGGCGCGCUCAUCCGUUUAUGAUUAAGGCCGUGUGCCUUCUUUUUUCUACUCUUUUGAAGUGCUCGUCUCUUGGUUGUUAUCUCUCUGAAAGCCAUUCUCUCACCUCCACAACAGACUGACAACACAUUUGAGGAGGAGCCUGUUAUUGCGUCCUAUUUAUGUUGCCUUUUUGUUUUAUGACAAAGUAUAAAGACAAUCCCAAAUUGCCAUCGGUACCUGAGGCUCCGCGUCCCACUUUCAGCACAGAAUCACCAUUUAUAAAACACAGAGGCCUUGUUUUCCAGGAAACACUAGAAAAGGUUAAGAACAAAAUGUUAAGACGUGAGCAUUUUUAGUUUCCCCCGCUGUCCUGCGAGCUCAAGUUGGGUUCGAACGCGUGCUGCUCGUUUCUAGAUAAUAGGAAAUGGGAUUCGUUAACAAAAGGACACUCUACAGGGAUUAUAAAGCACAUACACUUCUGGUCACCUUCCCAUGAGUCUCUGGUUCUCCAACACUGCUCCAAAUCAAGCAGACUCAACACUUUCACCUUGAAAAGAGAGGUUCGAGUUACUACAUAAAAUUUAACGUCUCUUUAAAGUGUUCUCGUUUCUGUAGAAAGGUGAAGGACAAUUGUGCCUAUUUUGCUUUUAUGAACUUUGUAUUUCUUACCAUUUUUGCCGACGUUCCUCCCCUCGUAUUUCAAGUCCCGACUGUAACGUAUCUUUCAGAUUCUGCACUUUUACCCCUCUGAAUGUCAUGAACGUGUACGUGUGCGCUUGUAUCUCAAAGCUUUGCAAUACUAAAGUGUGUCUUAUUGAUGUAGAAGGUACAGUCGCCUGUUCAAACACGCAGGGUUAUCAACACUAUUGUGCUUUGUACACAUAUCGCAGCCUGUUUUUAGUUGUAGUUUUCUUUUUUUUUCCACCUUCAAUUAAGAUUUUGCAAUAUUUUAUAAUCCAAACUCUAUUGAUAUUGCUUUACUGUGAAUAAGCUAUUUUUAGAAACAGUGGAAUUUAAGCAUGCGUAUACUCCUGCAAUACAAGAAAAACACUUUUUUUUUUCUUUUUUUCAGUAGAUGUUUUCGACGCUUUUGAGUAUUUAACAGCAAAAAAAAAAAAAAAACUACUGUAUUUAUUUUAUGUGAAUUUAUGUACAUUUUACCCUGUUGGAUACAAUUUUGUUGUCAUUCUUUUUGAGGAAAAUAGGUUUGGGUUUUGGGAAUUGUUUUGCAUUCCACAUUAAAGGACAGGAAAAUGA